GUCCCGUCGCCAUGGCAGCAGAGCCUGGAUCCGCACACAGACUGCCCGCAGCAUGGCCGCAAUCUCCCAAGGCAGUGACCCCGUUGGCCGCCUCCUGGUGCAGGUGCAGAGUGACCUAGAACACUUGAAGAAGAGACUGACGCACCCCGGCAUCCAGGAUAAUGGAGAGAUUGUGGAUAUCCAGACUCUGGAGACAGCCAUACAGAGAACAGAGCUUGGUAUUAAGAAGCAUACUGAGAACUACCUGAACUAUAUCAGCUGCAGUCCGAUGAGCCUACUUCAUGACGGAAACAGGGACCCAUAUAUCCCCCAACUGAUGAAAUGGAGACAUCAAGCAGGUGCCACCAAGAGGACAGAGAAGCCACAUUCUUCUGGUUAUCCAGAAGCCAGGCCUCUUGCCCCCGGAUCAUCCUGUCACCUCUCACCCGGACAGCAGCAUAAAUUGUCCUUGAACACUCGCAUCAUGUGCAAUCCCGAGAAUGCCAUAAACCGUGACGUGCUCAGCCAAAGCCACGGAAUUACUUUGCCUCUGAUCAACCUCAAGCAGAAAAGCUGUGUGCCCCUUGACAGGAUAGCUCGAGGUAGGACCAUCAGCAAUCUGUUGGUGUUACCAGCCUCGCACCGGAUGGACGCCUCUCUGCCGCCACCUCCUGUCCCAGAAAAGGACAUGCAGAAAGGUAUUCUGAGCCUGCAGCAGAGAGGUCUCAUUCCUCCGGCUGCCCAUCUUACGCUGGUUCCUCCGCCCAUUGUGCCCCGUGCCCUGGCCCUUCAGAAUGUGCGGACGCAGAGGGCAACUAUCUCUAAACAAGACUCAGACAGAGAACCUUCCCGGACAGCAGAUAUAUCCCCAAAAGACAAUGAGUGGGACUCCACCACAAGUGACACCCAGCUGUGUGAAGCACAACUCCAAGAAGAUGGCCUUGAUACCCCUUUCCCCUCCACCCGGUACUCGGGGGCAACCAGGAGAAAAUGGAACUCGGCUAGUGCUGCUGGAAAAGACCAGCAGAGAAGCACAUCUCCAUCGUCACAGAAGUCCUGGACAUCGACGCUGGUCACUGCUCCACCUGGUAAAUUCUUGACAAUCCACAAUGGCUCGGUAGACACUACAUCUACAGAGUUUGUGACCUUUGCACAACAUCACUGUCUUCUUGGUGGCAGCUACUUGAUUGUCCUUCAAAGACUGCAAAAGCUUUUACAGGAUUAUGCUGUUCCUGUUGCUGUAGUAAAUGGGGAUAGGCUGAAGGCCGUUGCUCUGGAACAAGAAUUGGGCAGGAAUUUAUCGGUUUGCCAGCUACUGUCUGUGCUGGAAAACAAGUCCUCAGUGAGGGAGAUACUGAGUGUACCUGGGCAGCGUUAUAAAGGGAAGGAGGGCAGGAGGGCAGCUGCUGUGACUAUCCAGGCAGCGUGGAGAGGAUACCGAGACCACAAGGCGUACCUCAUUUAUCGUCGCGAGAGAUGGGCAGCAGGGGUCAUUUCUAUUGCCUGGCUCCUGUAUGUGCAGAGAUCUCGUGUACGAAAAAUGCUAAAGGAAUCCAGAGAACAACAGUUACAGAACUUCAGAACUAGAGCCAAGCAUCUGGCAUCCAACUGGAAUCACAUCAGGACGUGCAGGAGGAGCAUUAUCCAUAUCCCAUCAUUAGGAUACACAGAAAAACAGAGAUCCCAAACUCCAGACCUGCACAUCGAACAGAACCUGCAGAUAGGACGCCUGUGUGACAUUGCAGACCCCAAUGUAGACGUCAUCUAUGUCUCCCCCGUGGACCUGGAUGAAGAGACACGGCAGUAUUACCGCAAAGUCCUGGGUCUGCGGGCAGCAGUGUUAUCUGGAAGCCCCCAGGAUGCAUGCGAGAUACGUGACCGAUUUACCAUUCUCAUCCCCGAAGCUAUUGGCAGCUUUCCUAGUCACCCUAUGUGCCUGUCCACCUUGCUGAAGUAUAGCCCAAAGACUUUGCACCGUAUACGGAACUUAAUUCAGGGCCGCGAAGCCUACAUCGUAGGAGGUGUCUUGAACAUGGAUGACCUUGCGGUGGCAGACCUGCUGGGCGUCCCCAUACUGGGCACUGAACCGGAGGUGGCGCGUCUCUACAGCACAAAAUCUGGGAGCAAACGAAUCUUUACCUGCGCAGCCGUUCCCACUGCCCCCGGGGCAUAUGAUAUCUACACCAAGCAGCAGUUCUUGGGCGCUUUGGGGCAUCUGAUUGCUGAUAACCUCCAUGUGAGCCGCUGGUUAUUUAAAGUGGACAAUGAGUUUGGCGGGAACGGGACAGCAUUCUGUGACAUUGCCGCACACCUGCCAAGCUACAGCUGGGCUCUCGGUGAGCAGCAGCGGUACCAUCCAGAUACAUGGAAGCAGACGUGGGCACAGGAGAAAGUUGUUCAGCGAAUAACAGAAGAACUCCCACAAGUCCUGCAACACCAUGCGCAGUUUGUGAACACGAGACGCUUCCCCACAUGGGACACGUUUCUAAAGGCUUUAACAAGUUGUGGAGGGAUAAUUGAAGCCUUCCCGCCUGCAGAAAGCAUCACCUGCCUCACUGUGGACCUGCUCAUAAAGCCUGAUGGAGAGUCUGAGAUGGUGUCCUGCGGGGAUCAGAUUCACGGUACUAGCCCCUUGGAACGUGUGGGCAGCUCUGUACCCCAGUGCUCUGUGCCCCCCAGUACUCUCACCUCUAUUUGUAACUCCAUUGGAGAGGCAUGCAAGGUCCGUGGUAUACUAGGAUAUCUAUCUGUGGACUUGCUGAGCUUCAUAGACCCACAAAGCUUGGAGCAGAAGGUUUGGGCCACAGACCUAGACAUUUGCUACAGUGACCAACUGGCUAUGACCCAGCUCCUGCUGUACCUGACUGAUGGAACGCUGGAUUGUGCCAACAGCCAUCUAGAUGUUCCCAGCUAUACCAUCAAAGUGGAUCGGCCCAAACACCGGACUCAGCUCCUAAAGACCUCUACAAACACAAGCCGGUUUGCAGUUCUCAGCACUCGCCUCCUGCACACAAAUCUCUCUGUUGUGUAUUACAAUGUUUUCUUCCAGAUGUGUAGAGCUCAUGGGAUCGGUUAUGAUGUAAAGGAGAAACAAGGGACAGUUGUUUUGCUCUUAGAAAACCAGAAACGUCAUCGCCUGGGAAUGCUGAGCAUUGCGGAGGACCUCCAGGGAGCUCUGAUGACCUUUGCUCGCAAUCUGUUUAUCAUCCAUCAGGAAAUAUCAACCCCUAACGUGCAGGGCGAAACUAAUUUCAAGAAAACUGUGCAAGACAUUGAAGCCAUUCUGGGGGUCACAGAAGAGAACAAGUUGAAGUUUGAUCAAGACAAAGAGCAUGGUGUCUGAAACUAAUACAUAAAGCAUUUCAGUGCCCGGGAGACAUGGCUUCAUUGCUCCAGUGGGCUGGUGCUUCUGCAGGGCCAAACAGUACAUUUAUAAAAAGCCUCUAAUACUUGCAUGGCAAGAGCGGGAGGAAAACCAGUAUCUAGCAGUUAAAUGUCAUCUCCUUUAUAUCAAUCUUUUAUAAAUAAAAAGUAA